AUGGAUCUAAACGGUGCUCUCAUCUAUCGCUCGAAGAGUAACGCAUCGUCCCGCACCAGUUAUCCUCGUCCUUAUUUGUCUUGCCUCCUGGAUUACCUAUUCCUUCCCGAGCCGGACGCUCCUAGCGAUUCGAGCAUUCCCAUCCGACCUUGGUCAGCUUUCGUUUGGAGCUCAGCACAGCCACACAACGUCCGCUCGAUGGUUGAGACUGCUUUCGGAAAAUACAGUGAGACUGUCUGGAAUACUGAGAGUCGACAAAGUAGACAGGAUCGACAGAAGCGAGGUGAAGGCAGGCUACUGGGCGUCUGGGCCAGAGACAAGAUGGGUCUGGAUGAGUCAGAUUAUCGCAACAAAGUUCAGACUUUCAAGGAUUUGCGCCAAGUGAUUCAGCAUGUGAAGCAGAGUCGACCCUCGGAUUAUAAGUUCGACCUUGAGAAUGUAGUCUUACUGGAUGACUCUCCCCUGAAAGCAAUUCACCAGCCGUGGAAUCAAAUCGUGAUUCCGGAGUACGAUAAACCAGAGUUCACGGCGGCGCGAAGUGCAGCCACUCGAAUGCAAUACGGCAAGAAUGCUGAGGAGGCUGGGAUGGACUCGACACUACUUGCCGUAAUCGGCAUGCUUGAGGAAAUGCGGAACAUCCCGAAUAUCCCCGCAUGGAUUCGUUCUGGAGGGCUGAUCAAGACGACAUCCACUGAGAGUGACAAUGAUGAGGAAUACGUGGACAGCCUGUUGACGGAAGACAGGGCCCCUACCAUCAAAGACCUACCGUCGCAUGACACCUUUAACCACUGGUUCAAGGAACAGAAAGUUGUUUCCUACUGGACUCAAAGGGGAAGGGAGGCACUGGAGAGAAAAGGCAUUGCAGUCGAACACGGCAUUGACCUGGAAGGCAGAUCCGCUAGUCCGAUGUCGCGAACACCCCCUGCUGCUCAUUUCCAAUCUGCCGCGGAUUUGCGACAACGCCGUUGGUCUCCCUCCAGACCAGUUUCACCUUCUUUCGACCAGCCGGACGAGGUGGAGGGCUCAGCUGGUCGCUCACGUCUUGCUCCGUCAGCUAGAUCCCCUUCACCCACUAGCUCAUUUAGUAGGAGGAGUUUCGCGACGAUGGCGCAAGCACUGCCCGAUACCACAACUCAUCAGCUGGUACCGGCGGCCUCUAAUUCCUGGAAUGCAGCUCCCGGGCCAAGUGUGGCGGGUAUCCCGAAUGCAGCCGCCUCACGUGGACCCCAAAGUAGAGCUUCUAAAGCUCCAGUCCCCAGGACGGAACGAUGGCGUACGUUUUCAGCUCUUGAAGUGUCUCGAUAUCUUUCAGACAUUGCUGAUCGUUCCUUUGGUGCCUCUUAUUCCCUUCAACAGGCAACAAACCAGUCGCAAAUCCUGAGAACAGCGGCGCAGACACUGGCGAGGUAUCAUGAGGAUGUGGAGAUCCGAAGACCGGCACCGAGCGGACAUUGGGAGGGAGAGUUGUGCGUCAAGUGUUUGAAGUGGGUCGGUGGUCUUCAAAUAGGGGUCCGGGGGCAAGAGGCGCAUCAGAGGGCGAUGGCAGCUGGGUUCAACAAUGCGUUAUUCAUGGCUCAGCAACACGAACUCGCAACUGCAUCUGGCUCUGAGAUGGCUACAAAGCCAUUGACAAAGAAGCAGCGAAAGAGGGCGAAGCAAGCUGCCGCCGUAGCUGCUUUGGCGAGCUCCACAUCCAGUAAGAAGAAGAAGACAGCGGCCGCAGGCGCAGCGGCAACGAAAAAGGUCACGGCGGUGACGGAGGCGAGCAGAAAGAAGGCCAAAACGGAUCAGGUCAAGGGCAAAGGAAAGAAGAAUCUGAGCAAUAACGGAGAGAACGCCAUUUCCUCAGAGGUGCCAAAUGCCGACUCACAGGUAACUCUGUCCUUUGGCAACAAUGGGCAGACUGGAGGAGGCGAAGCUGGAUCGUCUGGGAUCAGAGAUCCCGCUUGGAAGAAGAAGAAGAAGAUUAGAGAAGACCGGUUAACAGCACUGGCAAAGAACACAGCCACGAAACACGAGUCUGAUCCAUCAACCCCAGAACGAAUUGCGAAGGCUGUCGAUCGAUUGGACUCAUCUGCCGAAAGUCCGCCAGUGACUCGCUCGAACCCCCGUCGAUCAGCUACAAAUGUCGAGGCCAUUCGAGCGGAAGCGAGGCUCGAUGCCGAGUUGUAUGGCCGAAAAUCUUCGAGGAGUCGAAGCAGGUUCUGAUGGGAGUAUUAUAACGCGAAUUCCGGCGCCGAGCUGGAAGUUGCUCAGAGCGGUCAAAGUGUCGCUCGACGAGCAUUUAGUCAGGAGAGAGGGAGAGGGCCAAUGCGCCUCGACAGCCAUAACAUGACGGAUAUGCCAUGUAUAACGUUGAAUGGAUGAUACGGAAUGCUGAAUGCUA